AGCAGGCAGAGGACCGCUGUGACCACAAAGAGUGAGGAUGAGGUCUCAGCACCAGAAAGGCUUGCUAAUGCUCACUAAUUAUUACAUACAGUACAUUAGCGACCACGGACCAAACCCGGCACCACAGUAGAGCGCCCGCUCGCGCUCGAUGGUCUGCUUGAUGACGUCCUCCCUGGAGCCGUGGAGACGCCCCUGACGCCCCUUGAUGCCGUUCAUCAGCUCGAUCUGCUCCAGUUCGCCGUCAUACCGCUGCAGGUACCUACAACACACACACCCACACAAAAACAUUCAGUGGUACCAUCACUUACAAAUGACGCAACUUACAAGUUUUUCAAGCUACGGAUGUUUCUUGUGUGUGUGUGUGUGUGUGUGUGUCUUGAGUUGAGACAGAAAUAUGAGAUACAAGCACUAGAUGGUGGAACGUCACAACAAGCUGCAGUUUGGCAGACGGUGGACAAUUCGUCAAAAAAAAAAAAGGCAAAGUGCUUGCUUCAAGCUGUUUAUUACUACCCCGAGCUUAAGUUUUGUGUAAAACUGAACAUAAUUAACUACACAUAGCGUAUUUAAACCACACAACUCUUAGUUUGCUAGCUUAAUACUAACACACAAUACAAAAUUAAAAAUGAAAGCAUAACAAAUAUUAUAUGCAUUACAUAAAUAUUUUCUCAGAGUAUGCUAAAAGAGGUGCCCGCACAUUGGGAAAGGCCAUAGACGGGCUAACGAAAUUAACAUCGAUGUAGUUAUAACCCUUGAAGCAACGGAUAUUUGAACAUAAACGCAAUACAUGCGUUUAUGUUCAAACUAACAAUAUUCACAGGUGUAUAUUCUUAAUCCUUAAUCAUUCUUAAAGCCUCAUGUAGGUACGUAUGCAUCAUACGGCCCCGUGGUGGUCAAGGCCCCACCAGAGACCACCACAAUGCCCAUUGAAUUAUCAUGAUGCCCCAAUUGUUGAAUUCUUUAUAUUUAUGUUAUUACUCUGUUUUUAUCAAGUAAUAUUUGUCUUAUUAGAAACAUGUUACAAAAAUGUGUUUUUUUGGGGGUGUUGAAUCGGAUGAAUGGCAUUUCCUUUCAUUUCAAUGAAGAGCAAUGGUUUUAUGUUUUGAGUUGUGAGCCCAGUCACGGAAAAAAAUUAACUGGUAAGUCAAGGCACUAUUGUAUAGUAUAAGACAUGAAUCAAAUAAGAUCAUAUUGAGAUGCCUGCCGACCUUUCAAUGAUGUCACAUGCAUCCUUUUUGGUGUAUGUUGUCUUUUCCGGGUCCAACUGGCUCUGAAACCAUAACAGCUUCUCACCUGUGUAUGGAAAAUGUUACCCUAAAUUAAACAUUAAAAUAACGAUUAAAAUAAUAAUAAGUAGCUUACCAAUGUUGUUGAGACGUGCAGCUUUGUCAACUUUAUGUCUGCAGAAACAAAAUACAGUACAGUAAGGUUGUGCUCGUUUUACGACAUAGUUCCGUUCCUGCGGCAGCGAAUUUGUACGUAAGACGGAACGCGUCUGUCGGUAAUUUGGGAUAUUUCAAAAGUGAAGUCAUAAUUCCAGUAAAUAUUUUUAUGAAACACACUUGUCAGCUAUAAAUAUAAAACAGACAAUCCAAUCAAAACCAGUAAGUACGGCAUAUGUUGGAACUAUCGUAAAAUAAACCGACCGUUCUUUUUUCUUGAGUCGGAUUUCCUCCCGGGCCAUGUACGCUGCUUUCCGACUGUACGGAUGCACAACCUUAUCCGGGGCUUUACCCUUCUUCUGUGUCUUCGGCUAAGUAAAAAAAAUACAAUCAUAUAAAAGGAUGGACAGUCGUACAUUACAUAUUGAAAUUAUGACCGCUUGGUUUGGUUGUUUACGCAGAGGGUCGGUCUUACCAUUAGCUCUGCUUUGGAAACUCGUGGCUUGGUUUGUUGACAGCUCGACCGGAAGCGGACUGUGUUAAGUUCCGUCUGCAGAAAGGGUCCGGGUAAACGAAAGAUGGGAGCUUCCACCCCCCCCCCCCUCUAUACUUAUGCUAGUUAUGACCCCAAAUAGUAGUCUAUUGUACUGUAUUAGAAUGUAAUUUUUAAAAAAGUAUUUUUAAGAUAAGUUUGCAUUGGGUAUUUAAAACCAAUAACAGCUAAAAAAAAAAAAAAAAAAAAAGGUUAACAGCAAAGUUAUAUGUGCCAGGCGGAUCGUCGGUUUAAAACGGAGUUCAAAUCGGACGGCGGCGACGUAACCCAAAUCUGUUCGUAGUCCAUCACUAACCUAAAUUGAGCAGAAGUAAAGUCAAUUUGUCCUAAAUAUUUGUAUGAGCAAUACAUCGACAGGUCAGUGUAAAACAGUCACAUGAAAAACGGAAGUAGCCCUAACUGCGUGCCGAUUUAAAUGACAUAAAAUGUUACACUAUGCAGCAGUAAUAAUAAUGAAAUUAUUAAAGAAUCAGCAACAAAAUAUAUGAAGUAGUCUUUUUAAACUUUAUAUUUAAAACUAAUGAACGUGUGACAGUACAGUGCUGAAAACAGUAUAUUAUAUAUAACAGUAACAGAACAGUAUAUAUAGUAUAUAUAUCAAGUGACACAAAAAGGAUACCAAAUAUCCAAAUUGUACUUAAUUACACCAAUUCUGUAGAUACUGUAACUUUAUAUAUUAUAAUAGCUAUAAUAUCUUGCUUAAUCCUCCUUGUCAUCGUGUUUCUUCUGAGAAUUAUGAAUCACAUUUUCACAGAAUGCUUGACCCUGUCAUAAUUGUAACACAGCCAGCAUAAACAGCUGUGAUACCAUGACAGAUGUUAUUCACGUUAGUCUCCGUAUUUCAAACUCCAACUAAUAAAAAGCUGAGCUAUUAUUACUAUCCUUAAAGUGGGCAAAUUUAAUCCACCGGUAUUAAAACUUUAUACAGUGUUUAUGUACCUGAACGUCAACUCUGCUUAAGUGUACUUAAUAAAAUGUACUAUUUUCUUUUAUUGGCCAAGUCACCCAAUCUGAAUCUGUAUCAGGGGCCUGUGCCCCACCAGCUCUAGCACAUGAUGCUGUUUUUCUUUUUCUCCAGUACGUAUUUUCAAAAUAAUUUCUUUGACAUAAGAAAUAAUGGAAGAUAUAAAUAAUCAUGUGAAUUUUGCCUCACAGCAGGCAGGCCGAACAUUUUCAUUGGUUGUGAAACACAAAGGAUUGUCCCCUGCAAAUUCCGCCCAGCAACAUGUGGUCAGGUAAUGGAACUCUGGUAUGUCGCCUAUACCUAAGCCUAGCCUAAGUGCCGGUUGAUUGUUUUAUAUUUAACACAGACUUUUCCAGUUUUCUCCCAGUAUUUUCAUUGGAUCAUUCUUUCUGCCGACUAAAUGAUACCGGAAUAUCUUCAAUCGAUUGUCGGGCACAACUGAUUUGAGCAAUGUGAAUUCUGCUUAGCAACAAGCACCCAGAGUCUUUUUAUUGGUUUAUGGGGCACAUUGAAUUGAGACCUGUGAAUUCUGAAUGUUUUCAUUGGCUUAUUGAUUCAAGUGAAUUGUGCCUAGCAACAAGUAGUCGUCAUAUUCUAAUUGACUUUUGGGACACAGCUGAUUUCAACCCUGUGAAUUCUGCCAAGCAACAAGUUGUCGGGUCCUGGAAUUCCGGUAUGUAGCCGACCAUAGCCUAGUCUAAGUAGUAGUAGCUUAAUUUUUUUCUAUUUAAUACAUAUUCUUCUUGUCAACUCUGUAUUUUCAUUGGCUUAUUAUUUCUGUUGAUAACACAAGGCCGGAAUAUUUUCAUUGGCUUAUGGAGCAUGUUUAACUGAGCCCUUUGAAUUCUGCCUAGCAACAAGGUAUAAGGUCUUGGAAGUGUGUUUUUUCUCACACUAAACAUUCAACACGCAGGUACAGGAACAGCCUGGGUGAAAUGAAGCUCCCUGCAGUGACCAUCAGACUGUCAGGAAGUUGCGAUGCUGUGACACACAACACAACACAACAGGAUGGCAACAUGUCCGCCCCUCGGCCUUCUUGUAGCAGCAUGAGAGGCCACCAUGGGAAUACCCCACUCUUCCUGCUCCUGUUGUGGCUCCUCACGGGCACCUGGACCGGAAAAGUGUCAAGCCAAGAUGAGGGAACCGAAGAAGAAAGCAGAACAGUGGAAGAAGUGACAGUAGACCAAGAACAAGCUGAGGAGGACAAGAAAACCUCAGAGCCCACAUUAUCUCCCCCGGACGCCCCCACAACAUUAGAGCCCUCAACCACCCAGGAGGCGAACUCGGACUCGGAGGUUGCAACAGAAGAUAAAACAGAAGAUCUGGGCUCAAGAUUGUACAGUCCAGGGAGCACAGACAAGCCCGGGUGGUUGAACUCGACGUUGACCCCCCAGAGGGCCGAGGGUCUGAGCAUCACAGUCAUCCUCAUCCCGGUGGCCCUGGUGGUCUUCAUCAUCGUCAUUAUCAUGUUCGCCCUCUUCCUCAAGCGCAGAUUCAAUAUUGAGGCUGCCGUUCAAGAUUCCAGAAAGGAUGAUCCAUAUCUGGAUGGGUCCAGCACAGAAAAAGUACCAAUGCCCAUGUUUGAAGAAGACGUUCCUUCAGUGUUGGAGCUGGAGAUGGAAGAACUGGACCAGUGGAUGAUCAAAGACGGUUAACAGCGCGGAAAAACAACCACGUUUCCAAAAUGAUCGUUUUUCUGCGGGUCUACUCGUCCGAGUUGACGCCCUGGAUAUGCAAUCAACGGUAAAUUUCAUCCUGAAAACCUUCAAUGGACAGCAGCACUGGAGCAAGGCCGGAUUCAUGCGCAGGCUGUACGGUAACAAGCUAAAAAAAAAUCCAUCAAAACGCACAUGCACAAAAAUACAAAUGGAAAAAAAUCAAUCCAACAACAUACUUGACUCGUAUAUCAGAUUGAAGGUUUUGAUAAGGGCUUUCCAGAUUUGUUUUUAUUUUGUCAUUAUGACUUCAUAGGACGACAAAAUGACCAAAAACACAUUUUCUUUACUUUAAAAUGGGAAAAAUCAUCCCCUAUUAAACUCACACAGGUGAAACUUAAAUAUUUGCGACAAAACAAUGAGCCAGAUUCCGUAUUAAAGGUCUUCACUGGGACUCUCCAGAUCUGUAAAAACAAAUCUUUUUUUUUUCAAAUUCCUUGUUGCAGUUGUUUGUGGCACUGAUCUCGGUUUGAAUGCAGUUUGUAUUUUGUUGUGUGUUCUAUUGUUGUCAAUGCACCAAAGGCAUCACAGCCAAAGAUGUUACUUUCACUUUGUGCUUUUUGUGAAUAUGAAAUGUCUUCUCUUGAUAUUUACAAUAUGUAAUGUUCAACAAAAUAAAAUGUAUUCCACUUUUAUCCUGUAAAAUAAUGAUUUUAUUCUUGUAAAAUUGCAACUUCUUUUUUUUUUUUUUUUUUUUUUUUUUUCACACAGACAUUAUAACUUGUUUUUUGUAAAAUCAUAACUUUAGCCUCGUAAAAUCAUAACUGUUCUCAAAGAAUUGCAACUUAUUUUUAUUAAAUUUGGCUUUUUUACGAUAAUUUCCUUGAAACAUUCUGACGUUCAGUAAAAAAAAUAUUCUUUGAAAAGGAUGGCAAUAUAUAUUUACAACUAUUUUGUAUCUUUGUAUAAUUUGGCGUAAUUUUUG